AUGGAUUACGGAGUCAACCUGGACGAUCACUACAAAUACCUCAAAACCCUGAUCAUCGUCAGGAUCGUACUCACCGCGGUUGUUGUUAUCCCGGUUAUCUUCUUUUUCGUCAAGUUACUCCGAACGCCUGGAUACCGCCAUGAUACUACUCGACGCUGGGUAGACUACACCACGGCCGGCUUUGGCCUGUGGGCAUUGGUACACAUCGCCCUGAUCAUCGCCUGGGGCUUCCAAAUUCCGACUAUCGAUUGGAGCAUGAGAUGGGACGGAGGAGACUUCGUCCGAGUCGGAUACAGAAUCAUCCGUACUUUCUUGAACAUCGAGACCUGGUUGACAUUCUGGCUGCACAUCGCCACCUUCCUGGCUCUCUUCUACAUGGCCCAUGCCCUCACCCUACUCCGGACCGGCAGCGAGCCCGAUUCCAGCGCCUUCCGCAAGGGCCGUGGCUUCGCUCUCGGUGGCUCCAUCUUCGCCGUACUGAUGUCGUUCACAAUCUUCUGCCUCGACAUGAGCAUCUCGUACACGAACUACUCGUCCGACAGCGACGCCCGAGAGAUGCGGAGACUGGUCGGAACCAUCUUCGUGCUCACCUGCCAGGCUAUCCUCCUGGUCAUGGCCAUCAGCUCCGUCGUCUACUCCGCCAAGUCCCGCAAGAAGGCCCGCGGCACUGCCGUGCAACAGUCCGGUCUGAUUCUCGUCGUUUGCUCUUCGCUCUUCCUCGUUCGCCAGGUCUGGGAGCUGCUGGCUCUCUUCUUUGGAGGACGCAAUCUGACUGGCAGCUUUAUGGCGACCUUCUUCGUCGACCUAGUCUUCGGGUCUUACCUCGACUUGGUCAUCUUGGUGCUGCUCUACAUCUUGGCCACCAAGGCGUCGUACUCAAUGUCGAAGGUCCAGUACCGAUCUAAGGUUUCGACCGAGAACUUGGAUGCGUAA